AGUAAUGCCUCUUAAUCUUCUUCCUGUUUCUGCAGGAGAUCCUUCCUGUUCAGCUCAUUUCUAACAUUCACUGCUCUUCUAGUUUCAUCAUUUUUAUGAAGGUGUUUAAACUGCUGUAAGACGCUCACUUCUGUUCUCCAGCUCAAGCUGUUCACUUUAGUUCAGUCCCAGAGUUCAGCUUUAACAGCUGGAAUGUGGAGAUGAUCAGCAGCUGGAUGGGUUUGAUGGUGAAAAGUGUGAAACUGUUUUCAUUCACUGACUAAGAAUUAUUCUGAAAUGAUCUCUGUGCUCUCAGAUCACCUUCAUGCUGCUUCUCUGUGUCUCCUCAGUCAGUCAUGGCUUCCUCCAGCAGUCUCCUGUCUGAAGAUCAGCUCCAGUGCUCUAUCUGUCUGGAUGUGUUCACUGAUCCAGUCUCUACUCCAUGUGGACACAACUUCUGCAUGGUCUGUCUCAGAAAGUGCUGGAACAGCAGCUCACACUGCCAGUGUCCAGUCUGUAAGAGAGAAUUCCCCCAAAGACCUGAACUGUCUAUAAACACCUUCAUCUCUGGACUGGCUGCUCAGUUCAAGAAGUCAGUUCAGGUGAAGUCUAGCAGAGCUCCAGAGAAACGUUCCUCCAAAUCUAAGAAGGUGCUGUGUGUCUAUUGUAGUGAGGAGAAGCUGGAGGCUGUAAAGUCCUGUCUGGACUGUGGCGUCUCUUUCUGUGACACUCAUCUGAUGCCUCAUAAAACUACACCCAAAUAUAAGAAACACAAGCUGAUGGGUCCUGUGGAGAACCUGGAGGACUACAUCUGCCAGAAACAUGAGAGACCCCUGGAGCUGUUCUGUAGAGACGACCAGACGUGUGUGUGUCAGUUCUGCACUGAGGGAGACCACCGGACUCACAGCACUGUUCCUAUAGAGGAGGAGAGUGGAGAGAAGAAGACUCAGCUGGAGAAGACACAGACAGAAGUUCAGCAGAUGAUCCAGGAGAGACUGAAGAAGAUCAAGGAGAUCAAACACUCUGUAGAACUCAAUAAAAAAAUCAGAGAGAAGGAGGAAGCAGACAGUGUGGAGAUCUUCAGGGCUCUGGUGCGCUGCAUUGAGAGAAGCCAGGCUGAGCUGCUGGAGGUGAUGGAGGAGAAGCAGAAAGCAGCAGAGAGGCAGGCUGAAGAGCUGAUUAAAGAGCUGGAGCAGGAAAUCACUGAGCUAAAGAGGAGAGACACUGAGCUGGAGCAGAUCUCCCACACUGAGGACCACCUCCACCUCCUACAGAUUUACCCGUCCCUCUGCAGACCCCCACACACCAAGAACUGGACUGACGUCAGUGUUAACACUCCUCUGAGUGUGGAGAGUCUGAGGAGAGCUCUGUCUCAGCUUCAGGAACAUCUCACGCAGGAGAUGGAGAAGAUUCCUGAGAUCAAACUGAGGAGAAUUCAGCAGUAUGCAGUGGACGUGACUCUGGAUCCUGAUACAGCAAAUCCUUUUCUCAUCCUGUCUGAUGAUGAAAAACAAGUUAAACAUGGAGACAAACAAAAGAAUCUCCCUGAUAAUCCAGAGAGAUUUAAUCCUUGUGUCGGUGUUCUGGGAAAGGAGGGUUUCUCCUCAGGGAGAUUUUACUAUGAGGUUCAGGUCAGUGGGAAGACUGAGUGGGAAUUAGGAGUGACCAGAGAGUCCAGCAACAGGAAGGGAUCAAUUACACUGAGUCCUGAGAAUGGAUACUGGACUGUAUUUCUGAGGAAGAAAACUGAAUAUAAAGCUGGAAAAUCUCCUUCUGUCCUCCUCUCAUUGAAACAGGCUCCCCAGAAGGUGGGGGUGUUUGUGGAUUAUGAGGAGGGUCUGGUCUCCUUCUAUGAUGUUGAGGUCAGAUCUCAUAUCUACUCUUUCACUGGUCAGUCUUUCACUGAGAAACUCUAUCCAUACUUCAACCCCGGGCUUAAUGAUGGAGGUAAAAAUUCAGCUCCACUGAUCAUCACUCCUGUUCAGCAUGAAUAAUAAGGUUAAUUUUCCAUCACUCUCUUUGAAAUUCAUGAAGCUCUUUUUAUUUACCUCUAUUCUUAGUAAAUAUUUCUAAAAUAUACUUUGUUGACCAGCGUCAGGGUUUUGAAUCUGAUGCAGGCGGCAACAGGAAGCCAGUGAAAUGAAUCCAGUUUAUCCUGCAUUUAUAAUGCAUGUUUUAUUCCAGCACCAUUGGCUUUAUCUCCCCUCAAACAUAUAAGUAUAUACUAGAACAGGGUGAAAGGAGGAUAAUAAUAAAGUAUACAGAAAAACAGACACAGGAUUAUAGUCUGUAAUUAUUAUACAAACCUUAAAGUGUCCUAAUAUGAUCAGUGGAGCUGAAAAAAGGAUAUAAGAGUGUAGAAGUAGAAACAAGAAGAUGAUCAUAAUGUUAUGUUCUACCUGUUUAAGUUGAAGAACAGAAACUCCCUGAUAAUCCAGAGAGGUUUAAUGAUUAUUUAUGUGUUCUGGGAAAGGAGGGUUUCUCCUCAGGGAGAUUUUACUAUGAGGUUCAGGUCAGUGGGAAGAAGUUCUGCUACCACUCAUCUUUAUCAUUACUGAUCCUCUAGAAACAAAUCCAAUAAAGAAAUUUACACGUA